UUUGCCAAUACUCCAGAAAUUUUCCGACGAAGCGUAUGGCAUGGUAUGGCGCCUAUUUGGUGGAUUAACAAUAGUAUUAACAGGAAUAUCAGUAAAGUACUACUGGGCAUUUGGACCUUAAAUUAUAACAAAUCGUGAUAGUUAAGGGAGCAGCACCUAGAUUAAUAGUUACUAACCACCUACCGAAUUUUCUAUUUGGAUUUGAAUUUACAUUUACUGGGAGUCCGUAGUCAAGACUACAUGGAUCUUUGGGAGGGUACGCCAGGGUAAGAGAAGUUAAGUGAUUCUGUCGAGAGAGCAACACCUAGGCAAGAUGGUUGAAAGCAUUAUCAAUGAAUGGCUCGCAGAUUUUGCCGAGCUCUCACCAACCGAGCUAACUACCUUUGCUAAUACUAUGUCUCAGGAUGAUGAAAUUGUACAGGCUUUAUAUUUGUUUCUCGAAGAGCGAAACAAAUACAAUCAGUUUAUAGAAGCUGUGUGUAAUCAACUUUUUGAUUUCUAUAAAUCACAAGAAAUGCAAUUACAGCGAUUUAGUAUACAAUUUUUGCCCACGUUAAUUUAUAUUUAUUUAAAUGCUGCUGCUCACGGAGACGUCAAGAAUUGUCGUACGGUAGAAACGUUACUGGUUGGAGUUUAUAACUUAGAGUUAGUGGAUAAAGAUGGAAAACCAAAAUCGAUCUCUUUUCGUUUACCCUCUCUCGCAAUGACAUCUAUCUAUCAUGAGCCCUCUAGCUUAGCCCAAGCUUCUCUUACAGAAAGUGCAGUAAGACGUUUUGAGGAAUGUAAUACAAAACUCGUCGGCUGGGGUCCUUUAAAACACAUUGAAACUUUAAAUGCCCAAAACAGGCUAAAAGUAAUGACGGCUUUAUUGUUUAUUUUCAAUCAACACAUAGGCUUUUUAAAAAAGUCGGCUUUGGAACAAUUGUGCAAAGUAGCUUCAAAGCUUGUUACUCAGGGAUUUAUGAAACCAGGUCAUCAUCAACGCACUUCGUAUGGCAGUGAGUCUAGUUUCGUUCCUAGACUUUUACCUCGUAUACCAGUAUCUAGUCAGUUUCUUCUUGAAUUUCUUCAUGCAAUUUAUUUUUCUAUGUAUAAUAACUGUUGGUAUAUAGCAAAUCAAGCAGUCGAUGAUAUUUACAAUCGAGCAUGUUACGAAACAUAUCCAGAAGUUAUUCUUGUCACGAAUGCUAUUCGUAAUUCUAGUAGUUCGGGUCCAGCAGCGCAAUCUUCUGAUGGAUCUAUAGGCAUAAGCGUAUCUUCAACUUCAACAGCGACUGUACUGAAACCUAUUACCAACGCAUCGUUUCGUACUAAAAAACUACCAGACGAUAUCGAGGAGACGCCGUGCGAGGACGGCGAGAGCAAGAGCGAUCGAGGGUCCGAGGGCCCCUCGCCGACCGUCGGGCAUCUUCAGCGGACGCCUCUGAGCAGCAACAAGCGCCGCGCCUGGCUCUGGAAGAAUCCGCUUCACAAUUCCUUCGACGACACGGACAUUGCCCUCGCCGAUAGGCACCAGCUGCCCGAGCCGCAUCCCGCGUCCCUCGACAGCUCGCGACGCGAGAGUCUCUCCAGCAGCCAGGGCUCGCCCAACAGAUCGUCGCCAAAGCGGGGCCACGAGCUCCGCCAGAGGAAGAACAGUGGCUCGCGCAAGGACGCGACCAAGGAGCCGGGCAAGGACAGCGUCGAGAUAUCCAAAUUCAACGCCACCCAGAAGUUGUACAGAGUCCUCGAGGAGCAAGCUCUCGGCGAGAGCGUGGGCAGAUCGACGGGGGGAGACAUAUCGAGGAAUAAACAGCAACAACAACAGCAGCAACCGAUUAACCUUUGCGUGGCCGAGGAUCUAUCGCCGAAUAACAGAUACUCCUGUUGAUGCAGAGGCCCUUCGUCGUAUUCGCUCGCUUGAUAAAGCCCUAGGGAGGGGACAUUGUUGAGACUUUGGUGAUUGAUUUGGAUGGAGGUGAGCUCUCGCCGGAGAGGACAGAGCCGUGACGGCAUUUUAUUAUCACAUCGUAUCAUUAUCUGUAUGAGUGAUUUGAACACAUGUGACAAGGAUAUACCGCUUAUGGGCACACGAGCACUUAUGUCCGUAAGAAGAUGACGAACUUAUGCAGUCGUUGGUAGAUAGAAUUGUUGCUCGUC